AUGGCGCUCCCCUUCCGCGACGUCAACGUCCAGCACGCCUCCGACUCGUACAUCUUCUCGUCGCCCUCGAGCCCCAAUGCUCCGGCCCUGCUGAUCGACCGUCCUACCGGCGACAUCAGACUCAGCGAUGCCUCUCUGCUCGCAGGGAAGCGCGUGUCGCGCGUCACCAGCAUCGCCGGCAUCUUGGGCGUAAUCCGUCUGCGCUUAGACAAGUAUGUCGUCCUCAUCACGAAAGCGAAGCCCGUCGGCAAGCUCUGUGGCCACACCGUCUACAAGGUUGUCGCCACAGAGCUUCUUCCCCUUCGCGAGCGACAGAUCAGCGACCCCGACGAGGACCGUUUCCUGGCCCUGCUGCGCGGAUUCAUCCGGGACGGGCCCAUGUACUUCUCGUACACGCUCGACCUCACCAACAGCUUCCAGCGGCAAGCCCAGCAGGACGCUGCUGUGCCCCUCUGGAAGCGCGCCGACGACCGCUUCUUCUGGAACCGCUUCCUCCAGUCCGACUUGAUCAACUUCCGCAACCAGGGUGCCCGCGGUUUCCCCGCCCCUCAACCCGGUAUCGACCCUUAUAUCCUCCCCGUGAUCUUCGGCAUGCUCGAGAUCCAUCCGACCACCUUCUCCGGCACGCCCCUGACGCUGGCCCUGAUUACCCGUCGCUCGCGCUACCGUGCUGGCACCCGCUACUUUACCCGGGGUCUGGACGAGGAAGGCCACGCGGCAAACUACAAUGAGACGGAGCAGAUCCUGGUGUUGAACGACAACAACGCCAGCGGCUAUGCUAGCGGCGCCGGGACCAGCAAGGCUGGCGAGCACAAGGAGAUGCAGAUCCUGUCGUAUGUCCAGACCCGCGGCAGUGUGCCGGCCUUCUGGGCGGAAAUCAACACACUCAAGUACACGCCCAAGCUGCAAAUCCGCGCGAUCGAGGCUGCCUACCCGGCUGCGCGCGCCCACUUCGAGGAGCAGGUCCGUCUCUAUGGCGACAACUACCUCGUGAACCUGGUCAAUCAAAAGGGCCGCGAGAUGCCCGUGAAGCACGCCUACGAAAAGAUGGUGCAAAUGCUCACCAACAAUACCGGCGUCGAGCACAUCCAGGCCGAUCAGCACACGGAUGAGAAGUUCCGCACCAUCGAGACCGCAGGCAACUCCCGCUCCUCCAUCGCCAAUCGCCUGCACUACAUCUACUUCGACUUCCACGCCGAAACCAAGGGUCUCCAAAUGCACCGCGCCCAGCUCCUAAUUGACCGCAUGCGCGACGCCCUCCUCGCCCAACAAUAUUUCCGCGCCGUCGACAUGCCCGGCUCACGCCAACUCUCCGCAGCCCCUGGCCUCCCCCGUCUGGAGAUCCGCUCCCUCCAAACAUCCGUCGUCCGCACUAACUGCAUGGACUGCCUCGACCGCACGAACGUGGUCCAAUCCCUCCUGGCGCGCUGGACCCUGGACCGUAUGCUGUCCGACCUAGGCCUGCUCCCGCGCGGAGCCCGCUUCGCGGACGCCGAUCCAGCCUUUGAGAAUUUAUUCCGCAACAUCUGGGCCGACAACGCCGACGUCGUGAGCAAAGCCUACUCCGGCACCGGCGCGAUGAAGACAGAUCUUACGCGCACGGGCAAGCGCACCAAGGCCGGCGCGCUGCAAGACUUGCGCGUCGCGUUGACACGCUACUGCAAGAAUAACUUCACCGACGGCCCCCGCCAAGACGCGUUCGAUCUCUUCCUUGGCGAAUACGUCCCCGUGGCAGCGGGCACGCCGUCGAUUAGUGUCAUGGGCGGCGGUGGCAUCGGUGGGUACGAUGUCUUUGCGGAUCGCAGGCCGGUCUGGAUCCAGGCUGUACCGUACAUUGCUGCGUUUGGGGCGUUCUUUGUCAUGGUGGCGCUGUAUACCCCCAGGGUGUCGGACAAAGCUAUUUGGCCGCUUAGGUUGGCGACAAUUUUCUGGGCGCUGGUGGCGGUUUGGGGGUUCUGGUUUGUGAUGAGUAAUGGAAUGUUAUAUGUCAACUGGCCAAAACUUAAUCCCCGUCCCUGGGCAACAGAAGGGUAUCAUGAAACGAUCCGGCGAGUGCGGAAGGAUCGUAUCCUGGGUCCCUUGGUGGCAAGACACGAGAGGGGAUUGAGCACCGCGCGCUAUGUCAAUGCUGAGGAAGGGAAGAAAAGGAUUGAGUAG